GCCGCCUAAAAAAAGAUAUGUCUGGCUCUGGACAUGCUGUUCAUGUGGACAAGGGGGAAUGAAUGCGGUGACUAUGAAUUCUUGCCGGAAUUGUGGUGAAUCUCGUUGCCCCAAUUGCCCCGUCCAACGUGUACAAGUUCGUCCAAAUCUGCCGUUUGUCACUGAUACGAUAACCGAAAACACAGUGCCCUCCAUUUGGAAUUUGAGGAACGAAGCGGGGAAUAGAAAGGUAGGGGGCUAUGGAUAGUUCAAUCUAUUCGCAAAAAAAACCCUUACCUGGGAAUCUACUAAUGCAAUUUUACAUCCUCAAUCAUUGAAUCGACAUAGAAGUUUAUUAUACUUUACCUUCACAGAUACACACAUGUCUCAAAUGUUGCUGUCAGCCGUCCAUAUCCGGCGCCGUAGGCGACGACGCUCGGCGCAUACGAGGGAUCGACGUACUCGACGAGGAGGAGCAGAAUUCUUCUCCCCCCUCCUAUCCUUGUGGAAACCGGAAUUUGGAUAUCGCCGGAAGAUAUGCGACGAGUUUGAGAAUACGCCAUAUAUCGAAACGUUUGAGAAAAAUGGUUACUCCUUAAGUGAUCCUGUUGUGUAUUUCAUGGGGAUUGAUGAUGAUGACCCUUGUUUCUACCAAACUCAAGAAAUGCAGCAUUAUUGUCCCAGAAAACUCCUGCAUCUCCUGAAGGACGAUAGCGUCGAGUUGCCAGACAAAAUUAUGGCGUGGGUGGAUGACAGGAAUAGCAGCGAGAGCAAAUGGCUAUCUAGGUCGUGUUUGCAAAUUACUAGCCCUAGGGAGCUUUAUCAACAUCUCAAGAGAAACCGUUUCGGAGUAGUUGGUGAGCCUGAUUCUGAGCGGCGGCUAGUGUAUAUCGAGAAUAUAGAUUCAUUGUCUAUUGCUGCUCUUGUUCUGACAGCACCAGGUUUCCAGGCACGCGUUUUGAGUCGCUUCCUCUGGAAACACUUGUCAUGUCAAACGACUAUUUCUAUUAAUGUGCCUCCGGACGGCUUAACAUUUCAAAUGGAGUUUCAUCUUCCCUUUUUUGCUUGGAAGAGAUCACAGGUUCUAAAGGAGGACUGCCGCAGACGCCGAAAUGGCAAAGUCUUACGACGUUCUAAGAAACUCAACUUCUUCUUACCUUCUAAUAUGGCACCAGCCGCAUCUGAAACCAGCAAUGAUUACUUAUAUGAAAUUCAGUUAUCUUGUUUGGUGACUGGAAGAGACGAUUUUCGAUGGACCGCUUAUUUAUUCACAGACACCUUUUUUAAGGAUUUAGCCCAAGAAGAUGAUAUUGAUGAAGAGGAGGAAAGAGGUGCUGAAUUUUGCACUGAUCCACUCACAGCUGGCAAGCAUGGCGCAAAUGAACCAUUUUGGAAACCUAGAGAGUACUUUAUAAGAGUACUUCACUCUUGGAUGGAACCACUGGUAGCAGAAUGGGUUACUAUCGCUUACUAUGCUGAGCAACGUGUAGCUGAAUAUCAAGAGAUCAGUGACCUCCCCUCUGGGGACCACUCAUCCCUCACUGCGGCAAAAGAGCGAUCCAAGGAAGUAAAAAAACGAUGUCGCUGGAUGAACGAGAAUAGCAACCUCUUAACAGAACUGAUUAGCCAUCUAAACAAAACAAUCAAUGCCUGGGAUACGCUUUACCAGGAAGAUCUCGGCUUCUUUUUUGAUCAUAACAGCAACGCGGCAGAUAAGAUGAUCCAGCAACAACUUUUGCAUAACAUUAAAACAAGAUUUGAUGAGCUACGUAGAUUGCAGGAAAACCUGAAUCAAUUGAAAAAUACCUGUGAAAAUUAUGGACUCCAGCUGAAUCGCGACUUGUCUGCUGAAUCUCUAAAUGCCGUCAUCAUUCAACAAUAUGCUGCAUUUGAUGUACGAUUUCCUACCGUGAUUUCAGCCCUAUUCCUCCCAAUAAUAGUUUCCGCACAGAUUUUCAGCAUGAAUUCCGGCGUUAUCCCCAUUCAACUGAAAUGGUGGCAUUUUGCCAUUUCGACGGCUCUGUUCUUAAUUUUGGUAUGGGGCCCUUGGCGAAUGCAAGUGAUGCAACAGAAAGGGACCUACUAUAGCCAUUGGUCAUAUACAUUGGCCUCGUGGUGCAGAAGUCGACGAACCGGCAGGGAGGAGUGCCAUAAUACCGAAUACCAAAUGGAAAGGUUUGGUACAGACUCAUGUCCGAAUAGUGACAAUCCGUGGGUUUGAGUUCAGCAAAUAUACCAUUUGACUUUAGAAACUUUGAAGAUUCUUCUUGGGGUCAUUUUCCCUUUCUGUGGCUGGAGCAUCGGCGAUUCAUUCUAUCCUGACUCCAUCUCGUGAUAUUUUGAGCUUAUGCAACAUAAAGUAGAAAGAAUACAAUUAAGUAGUGGGCAUGACCGAUAAUCUGGCUGAGAAUUUUCUAUAUACCGGAUAUUGAUUACGCAGGGUUCGAACUUCGUCUCCUGUUUGCUCAAACUUUAGCGUGUGGAAUUCAACAUGCGAAUUGCGAGAAGAUAACCAACUGACUGGGGCCAAAAGAAUCGCCAGAAUAAAUAGUUGGACCGG